AUGGCCUCGGUAUUCGGUGGAACCCAAUCACUGCACACCAACUCAUUCGAUGAAGCUUUAGGUCUACCCACACCAUUCUCAGCGCGUAUUGCCCGUAACACUCAAAUUAUCAUCCAAGAGGAAUCUGGCAUCUGCAGGGUAGCUGACCCAUGGGGUGGAUCAUACAUGAUGGAAUCACUGACCGAUGAGCUGUAUGAAAAGGCCCACAAGAUCAUCGAUGAAGUCGACGAAUUGGGUGGUAUGGCUAAGGCUGUCGCAAGUGGUAUGCCAAAACUUCGUAUCGAAGAGGCUGCCGCCAAGAAGCAGGCACGUAUCGACGCCGGUAAAGAAGUGAUCGUUGGUGUGAACAAAUACAGACUUGAUAAGGAGCAGAAGAUCGAAGUUUUGCAAAUUGAUAAUGCCAAAGUGCGUGAAAGUCAGAUCGCGAAGCUGAAACACAUCAAAGAGACCAGAGAUAAAGACCGUGCACGAAGAGCGUUGGAGAAUAUUACCGAAGUGGCGAAAACGAAGGGCAAUUUGAUGGAAGCAGCAGUAGAAGCUUCCAGUGCCAGGUGCACGGUCGGUGAGAUCAGUGAUGCUAUGGAGAAAGUCUUCUCCAGAUAUAUUCAUUUAUUCGUUCAAGUUGCUGUCUAA